CUGGCAUGCGGAGUGUUGUUCUAGUGAUAUGGUUGUUCAUCCUAAAGUCAGUUAUGUUGGCUAACGUUGGCUGUGUCUUCGUUUUGUGCAGUUUAUACAGUGGGUUAUGAUAACAGCACUGAUGCACUGAAUUCUGCUGCUAGCAAAAUUCUGUUUUCACUACAGCCUGCACAUAGCAGCGUUCAGUGAGCAACGAUAGUCGCUAGCAGAACGGAACUCCUGCACAUGUUGCGGUCUUAAACUGAAUGACCCGGAAGUACUAAUUCUACGUGCCAUGAAGAAGUAGAAGAGCCCGUCGUCGCAAUUCAAAUAUUGGAAAGCUACCGUGCCUUUGUUUGUGAACCGCACGCUUUCUGCCACAUUACGCAAGAAGCCGUGUACAAGAAAACAACCAUUAUUUGAAUCUGGAUUCCCACAGAGAGCCACAUUGUCUCAACUUGUCAUCUGACUUUUCCAAAAGGAGAUGACGGCAGAGCCCAGUGACUCUGGGGAGGGUAUUCCUAAUGGCAUCCCCCCGCCAGUCAAACGUGGCAGGGGUCGACCUAAGGGCUCUGUCAAAAAUAAGUUAAAUAUGUUUCAGAGGAAACUCACCCGGGUCCCCAAGGUUGUCGAGUCCUUCUCUGCCACUGCGCCCAAGGAGCAGUUGCGCAAACGGGGACGGCCCAAGAAGAGGCUGAGGGGUCGGCCGAGAAAGACCCAACUGUCGGCAGAGGAGGAGGCGGAGAGGAGGACGAUGCAGCAAUUGAAGCCCAGGAGGCGCAGACUGUGGAAGCCGCUGGGGCGUCCACGCAUCUACCCGCUAGUGCCCCCCACCCCUCAAGGGCCGCGGAAAAGGGGCAGCCCUCCCAAGUAUGACUCUGUCUCCAGUCGUAGCACCUCCAAGCUGGGUAAUCCCCCAACUAACAGGCCUCCCGUCAAAAGAGGUAGAGGGCGACCUCCCAGUUCAACAAACAAAACCAGGCGCCUCACAUUUAGCCCGGUCCGAAAGAGGGGGAGACCACCGGGUUCAGGGAAGGACCAGGCCGCAGCUGUUGACGGACCCCCACGAAAGAGGGGCAGGCCCCGGAAAAGGUCCCUGGAGGAAGAAGCAGACAGCCCCCCGAGAAAGAGAGGCCGACCCCGGAGCUCUGGCUCUGCUGUCGCCAAGAAGAAGCUGGAAAUGGAGAAUGGCGCUACGCCGAAGAAAAGGGGCCGGCCGAGGGGCUCUCUAGGCAAGAAGAAAAGGCAUUGGAAGGCAACGAUUCCAGAACCUAAACCGCUCUACGACGGCCCACCACGCAAGAGGGGUCGACCCUCAAAAGUCAAACCAACUGACCUCCCCUCCAGUAGUGAAAAAGCAGAGCAGCCGCAGGAGGAGCAGCCGCAGGAGAAGCAGCCGCAAGAGGAGCAGCCGCAGGAGGAGCAGCCUAAACUGCUCUACGACGGCCCACCACGCAAGAGGGGUCGACCCUCAAAAGUCAAACCAACUGACCUCCCCUCCAGUAGUGAAAAAGCAGAGCAGCCGCAGGAGGAGCAGCCGCAAGAGGAGCAGCCGCAGGAGGAGCAGCCGCAGGAGGAGCAGCCGCAGGAGGAGCAGCCGCAGGAGGAGCAGCAACCGCAGGAGGAGCAGCAACCGCAGGAGCAGCCGCACGAGGAGAGCAUACAGGCAGCAUCAGCAGCCAAUGGGAACACACAACCAGCCUCUCUGGAGGAGGGGCAUGACCGCAUCCUGGCUCCUGUGGAGGAUGAGGAUGAACUUAUGGGUGGAGAUGAGGGUGAUGCCGCAGCUGUUGAGGAGAAGGCAGUCGGCAAAGGCAGCUCCAGUGGGAAGAAAACCCCCGUUGCUAAGCGGGGUGGCUCGUCGAGGAGGUUGAGAGCAGUAUGAGCUGCCAGGGUUAAAAGAAAAAGAGGCCUAGAGGAGUUGACUUUGCCAACCUUUUAUUUUUUUAAUGAGUAUUAUGUCAUGCUUGUUUAUCCUUUCCAAAUGUCCGUAAAAGGCUGCUGCAUCUGUCAGCAGGCAGUUAGAGAUUAUAAACAUUGUUUUUCAAGAGUAUAUGCUUGGUGACGCCACGCUACUUGUGACCGAUGUUGCUUUGUAUUGACACUUAGACCAAACUUAUAUAAUGUCAUCAAGAUGUUUAGACACAUUAUGUUAAAAGUAGAGAUGAAGCUGGUUUUAGCCAUGUGCGAUUGCCACCUGAUGGCUGCUUGCUGUAUUUCUUGCCCAUUUACUAAAAUAGAAGUGAGGUUAGAUCACUGAUUGCUGUGUGUCUGUUGUCUGGUGAUCACCUGCUGUCUGUCUUGGCUGUAACAUGUCAUCCAUGCUCAGAGAGCCGUGGUUUCCCAGAUUAGAUUGAGCGGUUCAGCAGUCACCGUGUUGAUAAAGGUAGUCAAUGAUUAUUGUUGUGAAAAAAACUGAAUUGCUUCUAUACAAUUUUGAGAUCUAUUGGAUACGAGUUGACAUUGACAAUUGCUUAUGUCAUUGUAAGUCCAGAAGCAUUUCGCAUUUUUUUGUCACCAAAAGCUGCUCACAGGGCUACUGUGGUUUGUUGUUGCGUUGUUUGGGUGGAUCCUUUCACAUGAAAACAAGUGCUGUCUGUUAUGUUGGCCUGUGUGCUUUGUUUGUUUGUUUGUUUGUUUGUUUGAUUGAUUGAUUGAUUGAUUGAUUGUUUGUUUGUUUUUAAAACAGUAUUUCAUUUUAGGCCUGUAUUUGCAGCAUUUGACUUUUAUGGUAGCAAAGCAUCAUCUCAUCAUAAAUCGUGGAAAUGGCGGUCACGAAAGUUGAGAAUUUUAAUGGCUUGUGAUUUAGUUGGUCAAACUAGAGGUUUGGGACUUGAUUGAAUACUUAAUUUCAUUGGAAUUUCUUUUACUUUAGUUUUCUCAGUAGAGGUAGAUUGGGGCAGUGUUUACUGUUUCAAGUAGGGUUAGGGUUUUGUAGAUAAAUUACAUUUAUCAGCUAAAAUGUUCUCACCUGUAUGAAUUUGUUUAUAAUUUUUUUUUCAUUUAUUUUUGCUAGCAUGUUUCCUUUCUAUAAAUAAAAACAUUGUGUAGAUGUAUUCAGUGUUCUUGUCCCUUCAACUAAAUAAAGUCUAUUCUUUCAGUGUUGAACACAAAGGUUUGUGUUUUUUGUCUAAGAGAGGCGUAAAACUGUUAAUGCUGGUAACAUGUGCAUAUAUCUUACAUUACUUGCACACAUUGAUGUUUUUAAGAGGUGUAACCCAGAAUAUAUAGGGUAAACAUUUGUACAUUUAGUACAAAUGUUUACCCUAUAUAUUCUGGGUUACACAUUUAGUACAAAUGUUUACCCUAUAUAUUCUGGGUUACACCUGUUUCCAUCCUUAUCAGAUCCCAAAGAAAACCCAUCUGCUCACAAUCUGUGAAACAAUUUUUGGGUGCAAACUUUGCAUAUUGUGUUUCAUACACUAGAAUGUAAAGGUGUCACAUAGAUCAUUGGUUCUUAUUCAGAGUAACAAUGUUGCGUAUAGAUCUGGAAAGGAGAUCUCACCAGACAACAAAGUCACACACGGACAUGGUUAUCACUUUAUUAGUAUGAUAUGCAAACAGACAUGCUUUUAAAGAACCACAAUUUAGCAGCUUUCUCUGAAGAAUCUUUCAAGCUCAACUGAUAUGUUCUUAUUGGCUUUUCACUCGUACAUUGCAUGGUGACAACCUGCUGAGUGCAAUAUUCAUAUAACUGGAGCAUGUUCUCAUGACAUUUUGUAUUUUUUGUAAUUUUUUAUUUGACUUCAUUGAACAUGCAUUUUAUUCACAAAAACAUAUUUGCAGAUAACAUCCGAAGGUUAACCGAAUGAUAAUAUUUGCAUAAGUUGUGGAUUUUUUCGGUGUGGAAAGUAAAGCAGGGCAAAAGGAAUGUGUGCGAUAGAGAGUCGCUUCGCAAGCUUCAGGGGUGUUAUACAGACACACAGACACACACACACACACACAAAUAC